AUGAAGAAGACAAUGACAAGGCUCAGAGUCUACAGCCAUGCUAGCAGCUCUGUGAGGCCGUGCUUCGGGUCCUUUCUCGGGCCGCUUCUAUUCAACAUCUAUAUGCUACCGCUAGCUCAGAUUACGGAACAUCACAACAUCUCCUAUCAUACUUAUGCCGAUGACACACAACUCUACAUUUCAGUGUCCUCACAUGACUACAGUCCCUUACUCUCAUUGAGUAACUGUAUUCAUCAAAUCAAUGAGUGGAUGUGCCAGAAUUUUCUCCAGCUAAAUGCAGAGAAGACAGAGGUGAUCAUUCUUAGCCCUAAAAAUGAAAGAUCUAAGAUCAGCGCUCACCUUGGCUCUACUUCAUUGACAGCUACAAAUCAAGCCAGAAAUCUUGGUGUAAUUAUUGACUCAGGCCUGAACUUCAACAGCCAUCUAAAGCUUAUCACUAAAUCUGCCUAUUACCACCUGAAAAACAUUGCUAGAAUUAAGGGGUUUGUGUCCAAACAAGACAUGGAAAAACUUAUCCAUGCAUUCAUUUUUAGUAGGUUGGAUUAUUGCAAUGGCAUCUUCACAGGUCUUAACAAAAAAUCAAUCAGGCAGCUGCAGCUGAUCCAGAAUGCUGCCGCCAGAGUCCUCACAAACACCAGGAAACUGGACCAUAUUACACCGGUCCUUAAAUCACUACACUGGCUUCCUGUGAGUCAGAGGAUAUAUUUUAAAAUCUUACUGCUGGUCUACAAAGCACUGAAUGGUCUCGGACCAAAUUACAUGCUUGAUCUACUACCUCUCUACGAAGCAUCCAGACCCAUUAGGUCAUCUGGAACUGGCUUGUUGCGUGUCCCAAGAACAAGAACUAAGCGGGGUGAGGCAGCUUUCAGUUAUUAUGCUCCUCACCUGGGGAACAAACUACCUGUAGAUCUGAGGUCUGCCGAAAAGUACAGCUCCUUUAAAUCAGGACUAAAAACACUAUUGUUUACUGCAGCGUACUCUUAA